UCGAUAGGACACCGGCGGCCAUAUUUUCAAAAGAAAAGUCCCGAUAUCGUUUCUACGCUGUUGUUUUUGCGGCUUCUUUAAUUUAAUGUUGUGUUUGGGAGAAUUUGGAGUGACCCGCUGCCCGGUUCUCCCAUUCCCGUCGUUUCUACUCGGAUAUGGACUCCGUCCAGAACCGGGUACCGGAGGAGGAGCGCGGGUCGGGGGCUGAGGAGAUCAGCGCGGUGAAGGAGGAGGCAGCGGACCGGGGGAGCAGCAGCAGCGGGCAGGCGGACGCGUUCAGCGGGAAGACGAGCACUUUCAGCGGGCAGACGGAGGCAGAACCGCCGGGUGUUAAACAGGAGGGAGAGGAGGAGUGGACCGUGGGGGUGAAGGAGGAACCGAGCCCGGUUCGGAUCGGGUCGGAAGCGGAGAGUCCGGCGGAGAUAGAGGUGAAUUUGGAGCUGGGAAGCGAGUCGGAGGAGAGCUCGGAGAACCGGUCCGGUUCCCACAGCAGAGGCCGGAAAAGAGCUCACCCGUUCCCGCAGGAGCAGCUCAGAGAGAUGGAGGAGCCGUCAGCACUCGUCGACUUCCUUCGGGAGAGAGGGAUUUCAGAGGACCUGAUCCAGCGAAUGGAAACGGAUAAGAUUGAUGUCUCUGUGAUUCCACUGAUGGCUGAAACCGAACUUCAGCAGUACAUCCCUCAUUACGGAGAUCGACUAGCAGUCAUAGACUAUUGCCUUAAUAACCAGCCUCCUGAACGGAGAACCCAAAUGAUGGACCGACUGCAGACCACGCUGUUCGGCCCGAGAGAGGAGGUCUCCAGAAAGCACAUGGGCAACACUUACGCCAAAAAGAAAGCCAGGAGAGUGGAGCUCGGGUGGAUGAACUAUAAUGAGAAAAGCUGCAACUUCAAGCAGGUUCGCACUGCCAACGGUGGAGGAACCAAACACAUCAGCAUCAACAAGCAGGCGAAACUGUGUGACGUUCAGAAAAUGGCUGAGAGGAUCUUCUUUCCUACUGGAGCUUCCAGGUUCUUCUAUCUUAAGGAUGUUGACUGCGACAUCCGGGACUUCUCUCACAGGCGUCUGGAUCAGAGCCUAACUGUGGAAGAUCUUUAUAAAGCAAAUAAAGCGAAAAUUGUGAGACUCUACCUCUUUACAAAAAAGCGCAACGUGAACAAUGGUGUGAACAAUGGCACGAACAACGACGUGAACAGUGUGCCCAGUUCCCUAGAAUUUUCUCAGGGGGGUAGCAGCAGUUACUUGCAGCUGGAGAACGGUGACUUCGGAUUUCGUGCGGCACAGAGCCAAACUUUUGAAAAUCACCAGACUUCUCGAGAAGGUAGUAAUAACACACAUGGUACAGUGAGAUUCGACCAAGGAUACGAUGAAACCUAUUGGGAGGAACUGAAUCCGGAGAACAGUUACGUCGCAAAUACCGAAUGGAUGGUGGAACAUAACAACGAAGAUUCUCUGAAUAAUUCAGACGUCGGCAGAAUCGUUCCACACGUCGGUGAGGUUCCAACAAGCACUGGGAACGCCUUCACGAUAAAAGUUGGCAAGGAGGAGGAGCUCGGAACACAAGCUGAGAUUAUCGAUUGCGACAGUUUCGACGACACUGUUUCUUUCGAAGACGAUACUAGGAAGCUUGCUGUUGUGGUACGGCGAGGAAGCUGUCUCAAAGAUAUGAUGGCUGCUUUCAAUGACCCAACAAUAAUGGACAAGGACCUGAUAAUCCAUAUGAAGCUUCCUAACGGAGCAUUGGAAACACAAACUGGACCGGGAGUUUUCAGGGAUUGCCUUUCUGAAUUUUGGAGCGAAUUUUACCACAGAUGUACUCUAGGGGCGGAUGUUAAGGCACCGUUACUAAGACAUGAAUUUCAAGCCCCUGAGUGGCAGGCCAUUGCGAGGGUUCUUGUAAAAGGUUGGCUUUCCGAAAAAUACUUCCCCGUUCAUCUCCCGCUUCCGUUCUUGGAACAGGCGUUCUACGGAACGAUCUACAGCAGCGUGACGGACGCUUUUAUGCUCUACGUCUCAAAGAAUGACCGAGAGGUUCUUCGACAAGCAUCAAACGACUUUUUGUCCGUAGACGAAGAGUCACUGCUGGACGUUCUCGGUUCGUACGAAUGCCAUCGGAGACCAACUGCAGAAAACCUCGUCCCACUCCUGUCUCAGCUAGGCCACAAAGCUCUCAUCCAAGCGCCAACGUAUGUGAUCCAGUGUUGGAAGCCUGUUCUUGCGGAUCUUGCCAGAACUCUCUCCCCAAAGAAAUUGGUGGAGAUCAUCGAGGAACGAGUUCCAUCGCCCAAGAAGGUGAACGCUGUUCUGAAAUUCCCAGAAGACAUGAACGCCCAACAGACUACAGUAUCACGAAACCUGAAACGGUACAUCAGGGAAAUAGAUGAAGGUACCCUAGAGCGCUUUCUUCGCUUCUGUACGGGGGCGGACGUUCUCUUCGGAAAGGACAUCGCAGUGCAGUUCUCUGAAAAGAAAGACUUGGAAUGUCGCCCACAAGCACAUAUGUGUUCAUGCCUUCUCGUACUGCCUGUAAAAUACCAGAAUUACCCAGAUCUGCGGAGUGGCUUCAGUGCUGUUCUUAAUAACUCAGUUUCGGUAAUGAAUAUCAUAUAAUAUUGUAUAAUAUCAUAUAUACGGAAAGCACUGUUAAGUUAACCGGUUGUAUACAUACUUAGGGAUGUCUCAAUCUAAUCCAGGGGAUCAGGUAUCGAGUAUUAUUUUAUUAUAUUUAUCUCAAUAUAGGUUGGGUUAUUUAGUUAUUCUUUUGACACUGGUGUCCAUCCUCAAGAUAUUAAAUGUGGACAUUACUGUGUAGCCAACAGUACUGAGGAGAGUUUUCAGAAGAGUUUGCAUUGUGAAACUGUAUUAUUUUACAGUGGGGCAAAAAAAAACACUCCAUAAUAUUUAAACUAAACUAUACAUUUUUUUUUUUUUUUUUUUU